AGCGGCGAACGCGCACGCGCGAUUGGAGGGAAUCGUACGGCUAGCGCGGUACCCCUACCGCUAACGUAACGCGCCUCUACGUGUUAUAUAUAAGCGAAAAUGUUUCGACUAGGGGUAUUCAACAUUCGUCUCGACAACGGCGCGCACGCGUUGUUGUUCCUAUUUGUUGUGUUCGAGUUAACGAGUUUAUACUAAUCAUCAUGUCUGGUCGCGGUAAAGGCGGUAAGGUCAAGGGGAAGGCAAAGUCCCGUUCGAACCGUGCCGGUCUACAGUUCCCCGUCGGACGUAUACACAGGCUGCUCCGUAAUGGAAACUACGCGGAGCGCGUCGGUGCCGGCGCCCCCGUCUACUUGGCCGCCGUGAUGGAGUACUUGGCCGCUGAGGUCCUCGAGUUGGCCGGUAACGCCGCCAGGGACAACAAGAAGACCAGGAUCAUCCCGCGUCAUCUUCAGCUGGCCAUCCGUAACGACGAGGAGUUGAACAAGCUGCUCUCCGGCGUUACCAUCGCUCAAGGUGGUGUGCUGCCCAACAUCCAGGCCGUCCUGCUGCCAAAGAAGACCGAGAAGAAAGCCUAAGCUAUCGAUUUGUCAUUCAAAUCGCUAGCAUCGUUGCAGUGAUGCGUGUGUGUGGUGUGUGUCAACGGGUGCGUUAUGCUGUAGUGCACGCGCGCUUAUAUCGAUAAUGUCCAUAAUUAUAUACGCAUCCACGGCGUGUCUCUCUGUGCGAGCGUGUAAACUUGUGCCAUAUGUCGAUUGAUGCGCGCGUCGCUCUACGAUCGGCUCGUUGCGCCGCCGCCGACCAAACAAAAGGCCCUUUUCAGGGCCACAA